AUGCCUGUGGGAUACUUCACAUCACUGAGUCGAGCAAAGACACAUUGGCUCAUAUACGACUUCAUAGCCAAAGACGUCCUUGCCGAGUACGAGACUCCAUGGUGGACUGCCGCCAAGAAAGUCGAUGAGUCCGCCAUCAACCACCUCAUCGAAGUCGCUGACGGCCGCGAUGUCAACGCCGUAGAUGCUGACGACAGAACAACGCUCCUCUUCGUCGCCGGACUAGGCUCGGAACUGUGUCCGAUUGCUGGCCACCGCGACAACAGCGGCGGCCUGGCGGCGCUUCACAUGGCGGCAGGGUAUGUGAGACCUGGCGUCGCGAAGCUUCUUUUGGAGCUCGGUGCAGAUCCUGAGGUGGAGGAUGAUCGAGGAAGAACGACGCUGGAUUUGGCGAGGGAGAUUCUGAAGGUGACGCUGAAGGGGAAUCCGAUGCAGUUCUCGUGGAGGAUUGGAUUAGAGAGUGUGAUUAGGGUUUUGGAUGAGGCGUAUUUUGGAGAAAGGAACGGAAAAAGGCUUAGGGGAGAAGAGAAACAAUAUAAAAAGAAAAAGAAAAUAAAUAAAUGA